AUGUCUGUCGACGAGAAUCAGCUUGCGGAAGCUCGGGCGGAACUGAACAACUUCGCGGGCUACAUGAAGGACAAGGACAAACAGGACGAAAGCAACCAAUCCACAGGACCGCCUCCUUCCCUCACGGGCGAGGACAUGGAUGUGGACAGAUCCAAGAGGCAGCCGACCACGGAGGAAAACCCGGCGACCAAGUUUGCGAAGGGUCAGGAGAAGGGCCAGAAUCCGGGACAGGCGGACGAACUGCCAGAUCAACAAGUGGCGGGUCAACCGUCGAACACGGGCAAAGGGCGGAGACCUGCGACCUCCCAGCUGCAGAAGACGGGCGAUCACCGGGGAUACCGGGGAGAUGGCUGGAAGAAGGACUGGAAGUCUCAGGGCUCAGCCGGGCAACAGCAGUGCAGCUCCAAGGACAACAAGGAGGAGGAGCUCAAAGAGAUGGAUGGAGGACACAAUGACCAUCCAGGGCUUGGACACGGACUCUACAAUGUAGCGCAGCAGUGGCGAAAGCAAAAGGAAGAAAACCCCGCAAGCCUCGAGCUCCCGGUGCGCAACGUCCUGCUCCACUGUUUCCUCGACGCCCUCCUCGAGAAGAUCAAAAGGAUCAACAGGGACCCUGCCCUCCUGCAGAAGGCCAAGGCACUGGGUCUCGUGGAGGGCGACGCCUUCCCCUUCCUCCAAUGGGACCACGAACAGAAGAAGCACGUCAAGGCUACACAGGAGGCGAUGUCGUACGACGAGGUCCUGAGAACGGUGACGGCUUUGGGGCAGCUGACUGCGGUGCCGGAUGUGGUCGGCAGGUUCCAUGCCUUGCGACGCCUGUCAGAUCAGCACCAAUCCGAAGUGGUGCCAUUUGUGCUUCAGGUGCAGAACAGGAAUGCGGAAGCUCAGCAAUUCUAUCAAGGAAUGCGUCGGCUCUGCAGAUGCUCGGUCAUGCACCUGGUGGGUGCGACCCUUCGCCCCACCAAACUAGGCCGUUCACCACUGGCUUUGCAGAUCGAGAAGAUUCUGCAAUCUCUCUGA